CACACACACACACACACACACACAUCACAGGCUCCUUUUACUUUUAAUUACUAAAAUUAAAACGAAGUGCAUUUUUGAAAUAUGGAACAUGUAGACGGUCCCUAAGUUUGAUUCUCCUAAUUUAAUGCCAAAGGACACGGUAAGGGUUCAUCAUGGAGGGCACAAGAGGAAAGGUGAAAUUAGGAACCGAGUCGGACUGCGCAGACUGGAUGUCCCAACUACCCGAAGAUCUAUGGAAUAUUCCUCUGAGCAGUCUUGCGAUCCCAGGAAGUCACGAUACCAUGACAUACUGUUUGGACCGCAGCUCUCCUCUGGUGUCGGAGCCCCCGAUUCUGAGCGUGAUGGACUUCAUCGUGCCGUGUAUAACCCGCCCGUGUCUCUAUAAGUGGGGGACCACGCAGGAACAGCAGGUCGCUGCCCAGCUCGACGCCGGUAUACGAUACUUAGACCUACGGAUCGCACACAAGAGAGGCGAUUUCUCCUGUGCCUUUUACUUUGCUCACGGGAUUUAUACCCUCCUGACGGUGGAAGACGCUCUCAGCGAUAUCGCUGCCUGGCUGAAAUCUCACAGAAAGGAAGUGGUUAUUCUUGCAUGUUCCAUGUUUGAUGGUUUGAAUGACGAGCACCACAAGCUUUUGAUUGGUUUAAUCAUUAACUUGUUCGGGGACAAAAUUUGUCCUAACACGGUAAAUCCUUCGCUGGGGAUCAUGUGGAAACUGGGCUAUCAGGUCAUAGUCUCUUAUGACCAUGAAGCAGGUUCCUCUUAUGAAGAACUGUGGCAUCAGAUCCCCUACUGGUGGGCUAAUGAGCUGGACCCUCAAAAAGUCAUUGCAUACCUGGAAGCCCAGAAGCGCGUUGGGAGGCCUGAUGGAUUUUUUGUGGCCGGACUCAAUCUCACAGAGAAUGCCAGAUAUAUUGUGACUCACCCUUGCCAGUCCCUGAACAGCCUGACAACGAGGAGUUACUCCGCCUUUUUGGAAUGGGUGCCGACUCAGAGUCCCGGGCUAGGGAGAGCCUGCCUGAAUAUCAUUUGCGGAGACUUUGUAGUCGGAAUGAAACGUUUUGCCUCAAUGGUCAUUGAUCUCAAUAAGAAGCUUUUGUAAAGCCCACUGUAAUAAUACCUAGCAGGAGCUAUAUUCAUCCUUCUUUCCAUAUACGUUUCCCUCUCCUUACUGAAAUAACGGCUAGAAACGUGCUUUAUAAAUAUUUUUAUAUGCAGCACUGCAUAGUUAUAUAUUUAAAGUAUUAAUUUGUAGAAAUUAAAGGAGUUAUAUAUAUUUAUAUUAUUUAUCCAUAACUGCGUAUCAUAGAUUAUAAUACAUACAAUAAACUUUCAGUUUAGAGCAACAGAA